UAUUCCUCCUAUUUUCAUGGUAGCUACCAAAAUGGCCUCCUCACAAUCUUGUCCCCAAAUAAAGACCUGAAUGACGACAAAUGGCACAAUGUGACACUCAUUAGACACGGACGAAAAUUUGCCCUCUGUGUCGACAAGAUCACUGCAUUCCACAUACACCAGGGAGAGUAUGAAAAGCUCGGCAUGAAUGACGUCAUUUACGUCGGUGGAAUGACAGAGCAAAGUUACCACUCCCUACGCGUUACAGGGUCUAAAAAUUUCCGUGGAUGUCUUAGAGAUGUAAAGUACGGCAACGUAAAUAUUCUGGCUGGUGCUGUAAUGGGACUACAUGGUUUUGAAAUCCAUAAAAAAAUUUCAUUCCAGUGUAAAUCUGCAGCUCAUCGCAUUUUUUCAAGCAUCAGUCCUAAUUUGAGCGUGCGGAUACCUUACAGAGCAAUGGGUGACUGUUUCUUUACGACAAGUUUUCAGUUCCGUACCUAUUUUAAAGAGGGUUACUUCAUUUCGGUUAUUUCACCCAGAGUGAAGUCUUACCUUUUUCUCUCGAACGGCGUUCUGGUCUUGAAAGUCGUUGACGUUAGUGGAUUCAAAUCAGAGCUGAGACUGGGCACUAACCUUAAUGAUGGUGAAUGGCAUCAACUGUCAGUGCGUAUCGCAGGCUUGGAAAUUGCUUUACAACUUGACGGACAGGUCACGACGAAAGAGGUUAAUAACUCUCUUUUAUCGAUUAGAAAUUCCAGAAACAAGCUCCGACCAAAGAUUUCUCUUGGGAAAGAAAGGAAAAUGAAAUCGAAUAUAUCGAGCUUUGUUGGGUGUAUAUUGGAUUUGAUAAUACAGGAUCGUCAAAUUCCAUUGAGCGGCAUACGAAGAAAGAAGUACGUUCAGAGUGUGGUGAUGAAAUCUUGUCAUUUGGAAAACUACUGUGAGCCUAAUCCUUGUAAAAAUGGCGGGCAAUGCUCGCAAGAUUGGAAGCAGUUUUAUUGUAAUUGCGAUCACACAGAUUUUGAGGGUGAAAUUUGCGAAAUUUCGAUUUACAAGCCAACUUGUGAACAUUACAGAUUCAUGGGGCUGCAGACGAGUGCUUUAUGUUUGUUGGAUUCCAAGGGAGAAGGAAACCCUUACACUGCAUUCUGUAAUGUAACACGCUCGUCACGAACAUACACGAUUAUAGCUCACAAUAAAAUGGCGGAAACUCCCGUUGGAGACGGGGAACUCUUGGACGCCCUCUACAGCCAUGAAAUCACGUAUACUGCCCGAACAGGAAUGGAUCAGAUUAAGGCUCUGAUAGAGAAAAGCAAACAUUGCCGUCAGUAUGUAGAAUUUCAUUGUUUUGCUUCUAAACUUUUUAACACGCCUCGCGGAUCCUCACAAGCGUUUUGGUUAUCACGUGACAAGGUAAGACAGGAAUACUGGGGAGGAGGACAACCAGGGAGUAAAAAGUACGCAUGCGGAAUGACCGAGCCACCUUCAUGUGUGGGUAAGAAAUUCUGCAACUGUGAUGCCAGGGAUAGGAUUUGGCGCGUUGAUGCGGGGUACUUACGUGACAAGAGCACUUUACCUGUGACUGGGCUGCUUUUCAACAAGAAAAGCAAGAAAUCAGAUUUCACAGUUGGACCAUUAGAAUGCUGGGGAACUGAGGAAGACAGCGAAGCAUCAGCAAGCUUCGGUGAAAAUCUGAACGAAAAACAAGUUGAUCGUCGAUUGAAGAGGGUCUGCCUAAGUGAGUCAAAGUCGGAGAAAAAGUUUGUGAAGGAUUCACUGGAAAGCCCACAAUUUUCAAGCACCACCCUAGAACAGAGUCAAGGGUCGCCAAGUAACAUCGCGUCUGUAACAGCAAACGCUUCUCAAAACUUUUCUAUCCUUUCAGAAAACAAAACGUUUGCUGUUAAGACCCUUCAAAGUGGGAAUUUCAGCCUGGACAAUUCCCAGAAAGCCAAUGCAAUGGAAAAAACCGCAAACACGGAUAAAAAUGAAGAAACUGGGUUGUCAACCAUGGCCAUUGUUGUAAUAUCAUUUACACUCACCUUCGUUAUUUCUUUUUUUAUCGUAUUUGACAGAAUCAAUCGAAAAUUCAAGUCUCCAUUCCCUUUUAGAUAUUUUGGGGCAAAAAAGGUUGAUGUUGCUGACUAAAAUGUGAGAAAAUCUGACAAAAGCACAAUUUUAAAGCUGCAUGGUUUGACUUCCUAAACAGAACUUGCCCUCUAAGCUUUGAAUAUAUGCAAAGUAUUCUAUCACCUUACAGUACAUUUAUCUAAUUAGCGAAGUAUUCUCUUUAAUUAAUCCAUACAGGUGUAGGUGGGUCGGUCAGAAUCUAUGUUGCGCCUGCGGUCAAACAUGGAGCAUGCACAAAUGGGUAAAUUUGAGACGCUCUUCUGAGUUCCGCAAGGACACAGACUGUAAACAGAUAAGGACCCGUAGACUUUGUAAAAUCCUCUUUGUGGUUAUGGUUUCAUUGCAAACACUUUUUUUUGUUAUCUUUGUUACCUGAUCGCUAGAGAGAGUUGACUUGGUUCCGUAUCGUGGAAAGCUUUACUGUGAUGAAAAACGUUGAAUACCAGGGCACCUUACGUCGCGUGCAACAAAAUCAAAAAAGGAAAAUGGAAAAUGGGAAGAACACUUGGAUGAGAGGGGAAAAUGAGUGAAUUGAUAAAUGAAACUUGAAUAAAAGUAAAUGAAUAAUUAAUAAAGUAUUAAAAUGGAUUUUUGCCGUCCAGGAGAUUGGUUUAAGAUACACCAUCCCUUGCGUAGCAAUUAUUUGUCUCAGUAAAGAAGGAACCGAAUGUGUUGAAUUAUUUGCCCGAUAUGCGCAUCGUGUACAUCUAGCGGAUUUAAAAAAUCUCAUUUUGUAAUAUUUAAUGCUAUGUUAUGUAUGUUGCCGAUUUAAAAACGGAAAAUACUUAAUUUCACGCCAUUAAUUCCAUUUGAGACCAUAAUCUUCGAUAACGAGAAAUUUUCCCAAAUUUCCGUAAAACACAUAUUUCAGCCUUGAUAGCCGCGCGAUAUCAACAGGGUUCUUAUCAACUCAGUGUCUUAAUUGUGUCGGCCGCUCACCGAGACAUUUUGAUCAUCGGAUCUAUAGAUUAUUUUGGAGGUUUUGUCAUAUUGUUGUUUGCGAACACGAAGAAUCUCUAGGAAUUUGUAGCCUGAUCUCCAAUUCUUUUUCUUAUGGCGGUUAGCGCCAGCUUUACGUAUAAUACAACUUGAAGAAAGUUACCAUGUGAUUUCAGUUUUGGUUGUAAUUUUCUUUUUUCUUCUAGAAUAUCAUUCACGUAACACAAUUUAAUCAAAGUCUCUCCUGUGGUUACUUGCAUACUAAUCAGUUCACUGAAUCUCACUGAAAAAGGAAAAUGUUUUACCCCCCAAAAUUUAGCACCUUUGGUGUUGCGAUCAAAAAUCAACUUUUAAAAUGUGGAUAUCGGCGAACUAAUUUAAUUUUGAUUCAAUUUCACUUCAUCAUCGUUUGGUGUUAGUGUAAUCUUUAUACUCUGAUUAUAUCCCUAUUUACAACUUAGUAAUUUUUCUUUUGUGACCUUGUCCGCGACGACAAAUUUAAGCAGAUAUCCGAGAUAGUGAUCGCAGAAAUAAACGCCGACGAGGCAGGUUGGAAAAUACUUAACGAGAAAAUUUAUAUUGUUAUUAAAGGCGAAAAGAUGCAAAUUCAGAAUAAAGAGGUGAUGUGUAACAAUUUCCACCAAAGGAUUUAUCAUUUACUGUCGUAAUUUCAAAGCUUCAAGUCCAAGUUUUAACAAAACAUCACAAUUUCGACCAAAGUAGUCCACUGCAACUUUUCAUUCUGCUUACAAAUAUUUUCGAUGCUGUUUUGGUUUGGAUAAAAAUUUCGAGAAUAUCAAAAACACAAUUUUCUUUUUAAAGAUUAAAUGGAGAUUUAAAAAUGUAUUUAAGGAAUCACUGGAAGAGAUCCGAAUUUGGGCUCAAUGGUAGGUACUGGUUAAUAUUUGUAAAGAGAAUGUUCCUCAAAACCGAGUGUCCACCAAAAACGACACAAUUUCAAAAAGUUGCAAAUUAUUUCAGUUAACAUUUGUUGUUGUUAUUUGACAGCGGUUCAAAAACCAAAUACGCCGAGAAGUAUUCUGAUAAAUCUUUCUUCUCUUGUAGGUACAUGUGGAACCUCGAAAUCAAAAUAUACUCAGUUGGCUUCACGGCCUAGCGGCAAGCAACUUUUUUACUUGCCGCGAAAUUGUUUCGACAUGUUAAUAAAUUUCACGCGAGCUAACAGCGUAAAUGAAUCAAUACCAUCAUUUUGAAGCUCUUUCCUUUUCAAGGAUAUGCGAGAUAAGCGUUAAUAAUCCUAAGAGAAUCAUUCAGUGGUAUUCCUAUUAAAUGAAGAUAUAUUUUUGCAUGAAAUAUUCACGAAUUUGGGCGGCUCGACGCAAAAAUAAUAGAAUUUGAAGUGACUGGGAUUAUCUCGUAGAUUUUACUUUCACGCGAGUGUAUAACAGCCUGGGGCAUGAAAAUAUUUCCGAAUUUGUUUUCUGAGAGCACCUCAACAAGACAUCCAUGAUAAGCUAAUUCUGUAUCCUCAUUGAGCCAGUUGUGCUCCUUGAAUGGCGCACAUUUUAUAACAUAAAUUGAAUUCGAUUCCUUCGCACUGCGAUUAAAAUUGAAAAGAUCCCUCCCUAUGCGACAAAUCUUGUUGUUAGCCGCUGCGGAUAGAGCGCGGCUAAGUAGAGCGCAUAUAUUAUGUAAGCUCAUUUGUCUUAUUUAGAAUUGUAUGUCCUUAUUAGAAAUCCAGUCUUGAUUAUAAUAAAAUUCAUUCUUCCUUGGACAGGAAACUGUAUCACAUUUUGAGACAAACACAUAAUUUGAGUCACUAUUGUUCGAGAAUUAAUUCGACGACGUUAAAAUAUCCUCGAUAUUCAAUGCCAGUUUUCUGUUAAUUUCAACUAGCUUUUGAAAGGUUAUUAAGCUUGUUUUCCUUUCGUUGAUUUCGUGGAUUGAGAAUCCUCGAAGUUCGCCGAGGAAGUGUCAAAUGAAACACCUGGCUCGUGAAAAGAAAGAAAAUCAAUUAAUGUUUAUUAACACGCUAUCAUCUCAUUGGAUGAUUCAUAAUUUCCAAUCCCCUUCUGACCAAAUUUUCCGCCCUCUAGAGCUUCGAAACCGAAACAGCUUGGUUCUUCUUGCGGGGAACACUCGUGUUGUGUUUCAUUCUUUGAUGCAAAUCGGCAUGUUUGAAGUGCGACAGAGCGCCCGCGGAGGCCAUCUAAAGUUUAUUCGCUUGUAAUUACUCGGCUUGUAAUCUGCAAUUGUGCUAUUCUUUUUAGGCGCCUCGCAGAGUCGAACUUGCAAGUACGCGAUGGGUCUGCAAUACGGUUGGAGCCCUCUACUGCUUUUUCUCGCUCUCGAAUUUUCAAUUCCGAUAACAUUUGCCUCUCAAGUGCAGCUCGAAGGCAAAAGUUAUAUCACUUACGGCAUAAGAGAAAACACUGAUCCUCGAAAAACUAAAAUAACGUUGCGAUUCCGAACCAUACACCCAAACGGCCUUCUCAUCUUCGGAACCGAAGAAACAAAAGCGAUGGAUUACCUCCAACUUUGCCUCCACCAUGGACAAGUGCGGUGAGUUUAUUUAUUAUUGCUAUUUUUAACAAGCUGAAGAGAAUGGGAGUGUUUUGUGAAAUCGUAAACAGGUAGACAUAACUUUUUUCUCUUCCUAUGCAAAAGCAAACAAGAGGAAACUAAGGGCAGAUUUCAUUGUACACCAAUUACCUCUAAAUAAAUAGUUUAAAAUACUUGAUUUCAAAGUGAGUCUUUGUCCAAAAAGAAAUGAUCAUUUCCAAGCGGUUUAUUGAGCUUCGUCUGAUAGGUAACAUAUAUGCAUAUGCAUGCUGAGAAAGUUAACAAAUUUAGGAUAGAGUAACACUGUAAUCCAAAAAUAUAGUAAUACAUCGGUAUACGAGUUCCUAUUUUACACGUAAUUUCAUUCGUAUAAUAAUCGAUCGAAACAAAGAGAUAUUUACAUUAAGCACCAUAAAUAGUGUACCAAACAAUACUGUCAAAAGAAUGAAAUCUUAAUUUUUGGACAUUGUACCGAAUUUAUCGUGCCGUAAAAGAAAAAAUGCGGACAUGAUUUAAAAAGGGUACUUUGUUGUCCACAAGAAAGGGUAUUCAAAAUUAUUGUUUCUAGUAAAUGUUGAAAUCUUCUUAUCUUGGUUAUCAAUGCAAAAUUCGUGGGUUUUGCGAUCAAGAUAUGUUUACAAUGAUUUCUCUCUUUCGGUCAAGCUCUGUCCAGAGUCGCAGAGUAAUGAUAAAUAUUUUGCCCAAACCACCAACUGCGAUAAAGUCUUUUAAUUCUAUAAAAUUAGCAGGAAAUCUUUCGAAAUUAGAAACAACCUUAUUGUCCCACUGUUUUGAAGCAGACGAAAAUUGUUUCUUGUUGUAAAAAAGAGGGAAAUAACUGAAAAUUAUAUAAAACGAUAAGGAGUACAUUGUUAGAAGAAAAGUUACUCCAAACUCCUCACAGAGAGCUCGGUAGGGGGUGAUUUCAUGUUUUGAGAUUUUUUCGAGAUUUUUUUCCACACGUGAAGAUGGGAUUAAAAAUUCUAAUUGAAGAAAUUUCUCAGUUCAAAGAAAGGGCAUCUCUUGGUUUCGUUUUGAGUGGGUAGGUUUCCUCCUCAAGGUUAAACAAAAAAAUUGACGGUUCGUUUAUAUUUGUUUAUCAGUGAGAACGAAAUGUUUUAUUUUUUUUCCUACCCAAAUGCUAGUUCCUACCCUCCAAUAGAAGAGGAAGGAACAAUGAUGAUAAUGACAAGAUAAACUGCUCUUAAUUUCUUAUUCUCAGACUCCAAAUGAGUAGAACAUCAUAAAGUGAUUUGAAUGUUAAUGUCAGGGUUCAUGAUUCCCCUUUAAAAUUUUUUUCAUUUUUUGAAGCAUGAUUGAUGGUUAACACUGACAUUUCUAGGAUCUGAAAACUUAGUCUCCUUAUUGUCUGCCAUAAAUCUGUGAUGAUGUUAGUAAUGAAGAAUCUGCUGUUAAAUCGAAAGUAUUCUUCUAUCAACAUUUUGGCUUUGUUCUUUCUAUUUUCACACGUAAAAAUAUAUUGAUAUUACGAAAAGAAAUUGCCUAUGGGUGAAACUGAUUUCUUUGCUGCGUGAAAAUUUCACUAUUUAUAUAGAUGUAUUGACCAAAAACUCAACUUUACAUAAGAUGACGUCGGUUUGGUAUUCUUGUAUUUACUUUUUUUAAAUAAGUUGAUUUUGUUACCAAACUAAGCACAAGUUAUCAUAUUAUUCAUCCGAAGCAACUCUUCGACGAUUCAAACUCUCUCCGCUUUUUGUCAGACUUCCAAUGAAAACCUACUCAUUUUGCAAAUGCAGAUACAUAAUUUGUUACGCCUCUAUAACGGCUACUUUGAACAAAAUGUGUGAUUAAUGCUCAGAGUGCUUCACAAGUUAGACACAAAUCGUAGGAAUUGCGAUAAAAUUGGCUUUAACAACAAAAAUGGAAGCUGCCACGCCAAGACCAAAUUAACAAUUUUUACCGCUUAUUCUAGCCAGAGUCAUUUUCAAUUCAAUUUCGAAUGUAGUAAGUGAUGUUGUGGUUUUUGUUUACAAUGGUAUGUGAUUGAUAUUGCAAAACUCGUUCCACAACCAAUUAGAUGUAAGUAAAAAACCAUGAAUUAUAUGCGUGAUGGUUGACUCGAGCUUAGCCCUCAUCAACUAUCACGCGAUAGAAUUUUCAAGGUCAUAAUCUUAGUGCUAAUAAAUUAGUAGUUCUCGUUUAAGAGAAAUAAGACUAAUUAUUUGAUUAUUUCAUAUUCAUUUAUCAUGUAUGACCAUCGAUCGGUACAUAGACAUGAAUGCAUCCAGGAAGAGGCAUUAAGGCGUGUCACACAACGGGAAACUGACCUUAAAAACUAAAAAACAGGAAUGAAAAUUCGCUGAAAUUAAGUUCUGAAAUAAGGUUAAUAUGAUGCGGCCUGUGAACUAAAUCCUCAAAAGAGCCAAUUAUCACAAAGACCAAAGUUUCACACAAAAAAAAAUUUGAAGAGUUUGAGAGCAAAAUCUAAACCCGACAAGGAAACAAAACCUCAUAUUAUUUCCGGAGGGGGAGGGGGGUGGGGAAGUAACAAAGUAACUGUGACUAGUGGCUGGCUUAACCUUUUUUUCAUACUCGGUUGUAACGUGUCUUCCUAAUGAUAAGCAAUAAUUGGAUGAGGUUAAGCAUGAUAUCAUGAAUCAUCAAAACCAAAGUCUGAGAUAUCUGUCAAAGCCGAGGUCUGAGGAACACCGACACGAUGAUUGAUAAUUCAUGUCAUCAUGCAAAAACCGAGUUCCACGGCAAUAAUUAUACAUUUGUUUAAACGAUCUACAGAAGGAGACACUUCCCUCUAAGUUUGCAAAAGUUUAUGAACACUGCACAAAUGAAGGGCUUGGAAACUAUACAGACUUUUAACUCGACGUGAUAAAUGCAAUAUCCGCUGCAGAUAUUGCAUUUAUCAAUUAAACUUCGAACACUAUCGUAUAUUGAUUGAAUGCUCUUGAACAAUCAGAUUUUUGAUAUUAAGUCUACUUGGUAUUAUAACAAAGUUCGGAUAUAACGCGCACCGUCUUGGUUGAAAGAGCGUGCUCUAUCAGAGCUAAAGCUGUCACGCCAUCUGCCAAAUUAUACUUUGUCCGACCUUUUCCGGGAAUUCUCUUUACUAAGCUUUUUUUCGGUAAUUGAAAGUGAAAUUUCGGAACAAGCGAGCCGGCAAGUUACAAAAGAAGAGCCAAACAAAAGUUUGUGAACAUGCCAAGCGCCGUAAUUUACGUUAUUAUAACGUGAGCAGGGACAAGAAUCCUCAAAGAGAAAACGAAAUGGACAGUCCGAGUUAUGAAGGUUUUCGCGCUCAGUUAGAUUGCAAGCUUACGUACGGUAAUAAAAAUCAAACACAGCGAACACUCGUAUAGUACGUAUAGUUUCGUGUUCAAAAACAAAAAACAGGAAUGAUAAAAAAUGUAGCCAAACUGGCAUAACUGUUAAAAUUCAUACUAAUUAUGACGAUGUCAGACCGACUACGAUCAUGCUGAGGUCCAUUGCGGCUAGCACAUCAUCAUCAGAGAUUACAUCGGCCGCCCUUCAAGUGAAGAACUAAGAGCUUGAUCUGAUGUCCUUUCCGAUGCGUUGAGUGGAAGGCCACAUCAGUCACAACUGGCUAGUUUUAUGGCGCUGUCAUCAUGAGCAAUCUUCAUGUUCCUGUGAAUUCGGCUGUCGUUCAUUAAUAAAAAACACACACCUUGAGCAGUUUGUUUUCAAAUUGCCGUGUUGAAAAACUCGCUUGUUUUUAUGAGCCACAAUUCGGCCGGAUUUCAAUAAAUAUUUCACUUUUACAUUUUGUUUUAGAGACUUAAAAAGACCUCAGGCAAAAAAAUUGAAUAAGUGGGGAGAAACACGAGACGUAGUCUAGUGUUUCUCCCUACACUUCUUUCGUACUCUAACCGCUUCCUACGCGCUUUAUAACAGAACAGAACACAGUCAAGGCUUCUCUAUUUGUUAAAUAAAAAAGGUCAUAUGUAUUCGGUGGGUGGUAGUAAAAUGAUGGAAUUAUGUUUGCCCAAGCUGACUCAUUUGCGUAGUUUUAUGCGAGAGUCACUCUAUUAUUCACUGAUAUUUCAUCUUCUUCCUUGUAGUUACCUUGCUUAUCUUGGAGGCAGUCAUAAUUUGGGACAACUAGACAUUGUUCAUUCAAAAAAUAAUUUGAACGAUGGCAAAUGGCACAAUGUGACUGUGCUGCAAGAGGGCCGGAGGGCGGAGGUAACUGUAGAUUCUGUACCGAGUUUUGCAAUUACGCGACAAGAAUAUGAAGAUCUUGGUUUGAAGAAGGUUUACGUCGGUGGAAUGACACCCCCUGAAUACAAGUCUUAUGACUACUUAAAAUGUCCAAAAAUCAAUUUUAAUGGUUGUAUAGAAGACUUGACAUUUCGUGAUAAAAACGUCAUCAGAGAGGUUGAACGCGGUUCUAACUCUGGAUAUUAUCUAUUUGGACAAGCGCCGUUUAAAUGCAAGGAACUCGACUAUCGCGUUGUAACAAUGACUAGCCCUAACGAGGGUUUCAAAGUGACUGUCAAAAAAUUACCGAUAGAUAACGACACAUUUUCUGCCAGUUUUCGGUUCCGCACGCUCGUGGGUGAUGGUCUUCUUCUAUCGCGUAGCGCCAUCAAAGUCAAGUUAUACAUCCGUCUGUCAAGUGGCUCUUUGCGUUAUGACGUCAUUGCUCCGAAUGGAUCUAAGACUGAGUUGGCUAUGGGUUCUAAUCUUGACGAUGGAGAAUGGCAUAGUGUGAACGCAAGUAUCCGAGGAAGAGACGUGAGUCUUCAUGUGGAUGGUAAACCGAGAACAAAACAAUUUAAUCAUUCACUUUUAAUGCAGGAAUUCUCAAACAAGUCUCGUUUAAAGAUUUUUCUUGGGGGCUAUGACGCAGAAAGAAGAUUCUAUUCCGGUUUCGUUGGUUGCAUAUUAAAUUUAAAAAUUGACAGUCAAAAGAUAUCUUUAAAGAAUCUUAGAAUGAGUAAACACACCAAAGAUGACCUGAAAUAUUCUUGCCGCUUACAGAAUCACUGUCAGCCGAAUCCCUGCAAAAAUAAUGGUAAAUGUUCUCAGGAUUGGGAACGUUUCUAUUGCGACUGCACAUAUACUGAGUUCGAGGGAGACAAAUGUGAAACAUCCAAGUACAGGCCAACCUGUGAAUAUUACAGGUCCCUUGGAUUAAAGAAAAGCAUGGCAUGUCUGCUAGAUUCACAAGGAUAUGGAAAACCUUACACAGCAUUUUGUAAUAUAACGAAUGAACAUAAACGGACUUACACCGUCAUAACUCACAAUAAAAUGAACAAAAUACGUGUUGGCGAUGCUCCGGUCGUAAAAACGUUUUAUCAACAUGAUGUUACGUAUUCUAACUCAAUUGAAAAGGAGCAAAUCACUCAGCUGAUAGAAAGAAGCAAGGAGUGCCGCCAAUACAUCCGGUUUCAUUGCUUCGCUUCCAAACUUCUUAACACGCCUCGCGGACCCUCGCACGCGUUUUGGUAUACACGUGACAACUUGCAACAGAAAUACUGGGGAGGAGCUGAGCCCGGAAGUGACAAGUGUGCCUGCGGAAGCAAAGAGCCUUCUUCUUGUGACGGCCCGGGAAAGUUGUGCAACUGUGACAUCAGAGAUAACCGGUGGAGAGUUGAUGAAGGGUAUUUGACAGAUAAAUCUUCUCUUCCUGUUAAAAGAUUGCAAUUCCAUAAGAAAAGUGAGAGAUCUGAUUUUACGCUCGGCCCACUGGAAUGUUGGGGCAAUUCCCAUAGAGAAAAAUUUCCUCAAAAAACUCAAAGGAAUCCGAAGCCAGGUUACCGCACAAACAAUGAGAUUAUAGCUUUAGCUUGCCCGUCCACCACUCUGCCCCCUCCACCGGAAACACCCAGUACAACUCUUACAACGCCGACAGGAACGACUAUGUGCCCCAGCGAGGAUGAAGAAAGGUGCUUAAAUUCGUCUUCGUCUUCUUCACUAUUGGUAAACUUUACGUCGCCUACUGUGACGGCAGAAAUGAUUAGACAGGAGGAGCCUUGGGAUGAAGAAGAUAUUUCAACCAUUGCAGUUGUUAUGAUUUCUGCUGCUCUGGUUGUUAUAGUUCUACUCUCAAUGAAACUCGCCCUUCCACGUGUUAUCAUGUGUAUUCGAACUCAUAGUAAGCGCGGUGAAUACAUUGUCCCCCCGACUGGAUCGUCUGGAUAUACGGCAAGAUUACUUCCUAUUGUGGCCAAGAGGUCGUCCAUCCGAGGAAAGCAGCUAACACAGUGCAGUGGCAAUGACAGGUAUGUGGAGGGCAAUGGAGCAGCUGGGCUCAAGUCAUAUUGGGUGUGA